UUAUAACAGUACUGUCGGUGCAAGCAAUCACUGUAUCCGUAGAUCGGGCUGACAUCCGACCAGUUAAUGUCCCACAGUUGGAUCAGAGUCAGUCAAUGUUUGUAAAUGGCUGGAGACCACUAAAUACAAACUACGAUAAUGUUGCAAUUCCUGUUGCAUCCUCAAAUAACUUUGACCGAAGCUUAACUCCUCAUCAUCAGGUUAUUGGAAAAUUACAAGAUCAUAUGACUGUAUCGGAGCGUUUGAAGCCUCAACGGUUUGAAAAACCGCAUCAGAUUGAAUACACUCCAACGAAUCUUCUUGGAAGCUUUAGUAUUUUCAGUCAUGUACUGCCCAAACAACGAGGUGAAAAUCCUUCAUCUACAGAGCCUAAAACUCUAUCAACCGAGAGAGAGUAUACGUUUUUAGUACCGCCACCAAGAGACUCUUUAAGAUUUGACGUAGAAUCACAAAAGAAGUUACCCAUUAGAGACAACGAACCAUUUGUACGAUCUUCGCAAUAUGUUUCUCAGGCUAUUAAACCGGAUUCCCGUGCUCCUACAUAUUAUAUUAAACCUGCGAGUUACUCCACUAACGUCAAUUCCUUCUCACAGGGACGACCUUUUGUUAAUGGAUAUAGUGCCCAACAAUCGCUUAUACCUACAAGGCAUUCAGGGAAACAAUACGAAGAAUUAAAAUCUUCCAAUGAAAAACCAUACUAUCAAACUUCCAAUAUGAAAGUCUCUAUUGGAUUCGGUAAAGAUAAAGUAAAUGACGAUCAAGCAUUUGAUCAUUUUCAGCAACAACCAAAAGGCCAACAAAUUAGUAAUAGCAAUUUUUACAAUCAGAUUAACCAUGCCGCUCACUAUAAGCAGGCCACAUAUGAGCGUGAUCCGAGUUUUCUUGUGCACGAAAGUCAUGAAGUUAGUUACGUAACCCCAUCAUCUUAUAAAUAUCGUCCGCUUUCUUAUUAUUUUGAUAAUUCAGUACAAGAUGCAUAUACUUCAUCAACAGUUCCUUCGAGACUUGAGUCUAAUAAAUUUACUCAACAGCAAACACCUAGUAGUACACGACCCGCAGGAUUCAAACAAUUUCAAACAAGUACCAAAAACGUAGAUAAGCAUCAUCCUGAAUCACAUCAUAGCCUGUCAAAUACAUUUUACAUAUCUGAUUUUCAAAAGACAAGAUAUACCCCUGACAUCAAUGAAGUACUUCCAAAAACAAAUCAACCUGCAAAAUUUAAUCAAGUAAGUACUACAGCUAUGCCGUAUCUAUCUGAUCAUAACUCCAAGGUAGUUUAUGUACGUCCUGAAUUACAGCAUCAGCAAUACCCAAGUUCGAUAAUACCUUUAAAUAUUAAUCAAAGACCACCCGAAGUUGAAUAUGAAACUCCCGAGAGUAUUUCUCUAAAGCAUUUUAAUGAACAACAAUUCCUACUACAACAACAAUUAAUAGAGCAAGACAGGAAACGCUUAAGAGAGCAAGAAAAACGUAGACAACAAGAAUUGCAGCGUCAACAACAAGAAGAACUUGAUAGGAGGCAACAGGAAAUAAAACUUUUAGAACAAAAAGAAAAAGAAAAACAAUUAGAAGAGCUUCAAACUAUUCAACCAGAUAUUAUUAAAGAAGUACCGCUAAGGCAUCAUUAUGUUCAAUACCCUAUACAAGAACAAAAAAUAAUUCCGAAAGAACAAUAUAAAUAUACUUAUUAUCAACAACAAUACGAGUCACCCAAAGAAAUCUCUUCUGAAACACCUGUAGAAAUAAAUAAAGAAAACAGCUUAUUUAAGCCAAUAACAAUACAAAAAAAUGAAGAAAUUGUAACGCCAGCAGAUACGGAAUCUACAACUCAAGAAGAAUUUCAACCAAUUAUACGCCCUUAUCGUCCUCUAAAACCAUUCAGAGAUCAAGUCAGAAGACGUAAACCUACUACAGUAAUUUAUGAGCAUAUACCAACAGAAUUGCCAACACAAUACAAUUCCGAAACUUCGGAAAGUUUAACGGAUAUUCCUAUACAAACAACAAGUCUGCCAGAAACGACUACAACUCAAACACCAGAAAGAGCUAUACGAACUAGGCGACCAGGAGGUCCUCUCAGAAGGCGGAGACCUUCAACUACUACAACUACAACACAAGAACCUAACGAGUAUGAAGAAGAGAUUAUCAAGUAUAAUACUCCUGCCGUUCAAGACUUUGAAAAAAAGAAGCGCCUUAGACCUAUUGCAAGUAAUUAUCAAGAGAACAGUAACGAAAGACGGCUAAUCAGAAAACGUCCUGGUAAUCGUGCAAAAAUUUACAAUAAGGAACGUGAUAAUACUAAUACAGUACCAGAAAGAAUAAAAUCUACAGACCAGUCCCUAAGAGAUAUCUCACCUACAGAAAAUUAUCCAGCGCCAUUCUUAAAAGAAUUAUAUUCUUCCGAAUAUUUAUCGACUUCGGAUAAGACUUUGACACAAGAUAAUUCUCAAGAAGUUCAAACUGAAAAUAUUCCGAGUGAAUAUUAUUUCGAAACCACAGCAACAUCCACUUUGGAAUACUUAGAACCAUCGCACGAUGAUCAUCGCGUGGAGCACAACACGCAAAAGGUUGAUGAUAAUGGUUCUCUAGAUAAUAUAUUCACAAAAACUGAGGUGAAUCAUGUAGAAACCACACCCACGACAACUUCGACCUAUUUGACAACGAGUAGUACGAGUACAAUGAGCACAACUAGUGAACCAUCCACUACGACAAAAACAGUAAUCGCAUCUUCUAAAACCACUCAUCGAAUGCGUCCAAUACGCUAUGGAAAUGCCACGCGUCCUCGUUUCAGCAUCAAAGAUUAUAAGAGUCGCUUAGACUAUAAAACUCGACUGAGUCAGCCCUCCUCAACGGAAGUUGCCACCGUCACUGCCACCCCAAAAUUACGUAGUCACAAAAAUCAACAGAAUCCGGCAGACCCGAGCUUUAAAGAAGCCGUAGGCAGAUACAAAUAUACGCCACGCUCACCUUAUAGGAUAUCAACAACAACAACUGGAGGUCUUCAAUCAGAUGAUAAUAAUAGCGCAACGACUGACAGAAGUAUCCGGUUCUCCCACAAGAAGAGGAUAAAUGCGAAUCAAUAUUACAGGAAUCGUAUCUCAGGUACGACUCCUCUUAAUUCCAAUAAGCAAGAUCAAGAGCACGCUAUAUCCCAGAGUACAACCAGACCCGAAAAUUUGUACAUCUCUGGGAUUCGCAAGAGACCGGCGUUAAAAAAUCGACCUCAGUUAUUGGAACGUAACAAGGUUGUCGAAUCCACAGAAAUGCAAUCGGCUGCGGAAACAGGCUUCUUCGCGACAACCACAACAAGCUCCAGUCCCACGGAUGCUGCAAACGAGAUCAAUGAACCUAAAGAGGCCAUUGCAGAAGAAUCGAAGAAGCCGGCGAUUGAGAUCCAAGAGGAGAAGUUGUCGGUUGACCUGAGUGACGUGACAAUGGACGAGACGGAGGACUCGAACAAGCGGAUCUCACCAAUCACAUUGAAGGCGACAACAGAGCUCAAUCAUGACAAUCACGCAGAAAACAAUCAACGAGCGACAAUUGCGACGACUCAGGAUUUGACGACGCCUUUCGAUAUUAGACACGAAGAAGAACUCUUCGCCAAGGCCUCGCAAAGCGUCGCCGACCUUACGAGUUCGGCUUCGGCGCUCUACGACAAACCUGGCAUGUUCAAAGCUGUGUCCCCUGCCAACGAAAAUAGAUUGAUAUCGACACACCUCAAAAUUGCUACAGAUGAACCGACCCUGCCGAUCGAGGCUUUUUUCCAGGACAUAUCCAAGAAGAACUGAAGGGAUGCCUCUAUAAAUCGUGUGAUACGCCAAGAUUGUUUCGUGGUAUUUUAAUAAAUUAGUCGCGAGAACUGGAAAAUUUUUUCGUGAACGUGCUCUAAUGUUUAUUUGCACAUUCUGCCGAGAAAAAAUUCCUUUACGAAAAUGCUAUUACAAUACAGCGAUACUUUUUUUGUCAAUGAUAGUUUUAACUUAAACUAUCAUUUUAUUGAUAUCGUUUCAAAAAUAUUUCCUGUAAUUUAGUACAUUUUUUAGUAUA